AUGUCUUUGACGAGCGGGUUGUUCAGGAUUGGUUGGCAAGGAUGCGACAUGAGUGAGAGUAAUAAUAAUGGUGAAUGUGAUAGUGAACUAGUUCUGCUUCGGCCGCCGAAACUUACACACCCGCCAAAAGCAAAUGCGAAUGAGUCAAAGGGCAGCCGCAACACGGACUUGGAUGAUACACAGAGUCAAAACAAGGAAGAUGACGUCCUGUUGGAUGCUGCUGAUAAUCAGAAACAAGAUGAAGCAAAUGGAGAUGCAGAAUGUGAGGACAAACACCCACCAUUCAAAACCCCAAGAUGGACUCCCAAACGCGUCCGACAAAAUGAGGACUCCACUGCACAAGAAGCUGUGAACUGCCUCAAGUCUCUAUCAAAAGUUGUUACAGCCAAAGAUGAGCAUUCAGUAUAUGGAGAUUAG